AUGCAUCGGAUCGUGCUUGAAGUCUGCGUAGACUCUGUGGAAUCAGCCGUUGCAGCCGUCAACGGAGGUGCUGACCGUCUAGAGGUAUGCGCGAAUAUCGGCGUCGGAGGGGGCACGACACCAAGCAUGGGUCUCCUCAAGGCCAUCUCCUCCGUUGUGCCUCAUACCCCACUUAUGGUCAUGAUUCGACCGAGGAUCGGAGACUUCCUGUACUCCGGGUCUGAAUUUGAUGUAAUGCUGGAGGAUAUACGGGCAUUCACGCAACUAGGCACCGCCUCGGGCAUUGUCUUUGGCAUCCUAGAUGCAGCCGGAGAGGUGGAUGUCGCGCGUUCGCGCAAGAUUGUGGAAGAAGCUUCUCCCCUCCAAGGUACUUCAUUGUCAACAGAGAGUGAUAUAGCUGAAGCGCGGUUCCAUUACGGCCUGUCUCCUUCCGCUCCUUCUUCCCUUCCAACUCUCUGCUCCCUAUUUCGCUAUAGAUCACGCCCGAAGGCGGACUCCCGUCAGGGUCCUAAACUCCUAGUCGGCUCCGGAAUAAACCCCGGAACUAUCCAGCCCGUAUUAGACGCGCUUUUGUCUCUCGGCCUGGAAGAAGUCCAUAUGAGUGGAGGGCGGUGGGUGGAAGGCGGUAUGCAAUUCCGACGAGACGGGUUGGGUAUGGGUGCCGGACGACAGGUCGAAUGGUCGGUCUGGCGUACAAGUGAGCAGGCAGUGAGGGAGGUCAGAGAGAUCCUAGACAAGGCUACCGUACAUGCAGCAUGA